GCUACACCAUCCAUCGUCGGCGACGUGGAACAGACGAAAACUAAAAUUAGAACAAUAAAGUGUCAGAUAUUGGAAAAAUGGCAAUAAACACCAUAUUAAGCAGCUGGCGAUUAAAAAAGUAUUAGUGUAAAUGUCCAGGAAAUAAUAGAUUAGCAACAAGCUAAGAAAACAAAAUAUAAAAAAGUUACUUGUGCUGAAGUUCUGCAGGUAUCGCUUGAUACCACAGUGUUUUGCCAAUGAAAAGUUGGUGGUGAUAAGAUUUCAAACAAAACCAGGACAGAGAAAAAUAGGGACGACGCCGUGGAUAAAUUGCAAUUAUGUAAUUCGGUUGAGGCGAUGGACACCUAAAUCUUUACCUCUCGGUGGUUAAAACUUAAGCGUUUUUUAUACAUUUUUCAAGGCAUACAUACAUACAUAUGGAUAUAUCUAUUUUAAUUGUACCAAAGCAUUAGCAGACAUGGAUUUUUUAUUAUUUUUAACGGCUGCGGCGCACCUCUUCUACGCGCCAUUCACCAAAGUAGAGGAGAGCUUUAAUUUACAAGCAAUGCAUGACAUACUCUAUUUACGGCAAAAUUUUUCUCAGUACGACCAUAACGACUUCCCCGGCGUGGUGCCACGCACUUUCCUCGGCCCACUUGUUAUAGCGAUAUUGUCCUCACCUUUUAUUAUACUUUUUGAAGCACUGCAAGUGAAUAAGUUCUGGGCGCAAUAUGUAGUGCGUUUAGUUUUAGCCGCUGUAAUAACAGCAUCCUGGCACAACUUUCGCCGUGUGAUAACCAAGCAGCUAGGUACUGAAGUGCGGCUAUGGUUUACUAUAAUAACAUUGACGCAAUUUCAUUUCAUAUUUUACAUGAGUCGUCCAUUGCCGAAUAUCUUGGCUUUGCCUGUUGUGCUCUAUGCUUUAGCAUAUUGGUUACAAGGUCAAACGAAACAGUUCAUUAUUAGUUCUGGUAUUGCAAUACUAGUAUUUCGUUCAGAACUGUUACUAUUCUUGGGGCUUCUGCUGGCGUAUGACGUAUUGUUCCGCAAGGUUUCAGUUCAGUGCGUACUAAAAAUAGCAUUACCCGCAGGUUUAGCUAUUUUGGCCGUCACAAUCACUUUGGACUCAUUUUUCUGGCAUCGCCUCUUAUGGCCCGAAGGAGAAGUACUUUGGUACAACACAAUACUUAACAAAAGCUCCAAUUGGGGUACAUCUCCCUUUUUAUGGUAUUUCUAUUCAGCCCUGCCGCGAGCGUUGGGUGCCUCAAUUGUUCUAGUUCCCUUUGGAGUUUAUUUGGAACCACGCACACGCCCAUUGGUGAUUGCGGCAUUGGCGUUUGUCCUUAUUUAUUCAUUGUUGCCACAUAAAGAGUUGCGUUUUAUUGUUUACGUAUUUCCAGUGCUCAAUUUGGCCGCCGCAUGCGCGUGUAGUCGAUUCUGGCUCAAUAGCGGAAAAUCAGUUUGGCAUCAAUUUCUUGCAUUUAGUGCUGGUGCACAUUUAUUAAUCAAUAUUCUUAUUACUGUGUUACUCUUGGUUGUAUCAAGUACCAACUAUCCAGGGGGCGUAGCAAUGACACGUCUACAUCGCUUGGAGGCCGAAACACCUAAUGUGUUUGUGCAUAUAGCAAAUUUAGCUGCUCAAAGUGGGGUUUCGCGUUUCCUGCAAAUUCGAGACGAUUGGCACUAUUGCAAAAACGAAUCGGUAAAUUAUGGCCCCGGGCAAACGCAACGUUAUACGCAUCUCAUGGUGGAAGCAAAAAACAAAAAUAAUAUACAACUAUGGUCUGAUCUGCAGGAAGAGUUUGAAAUUCUGGAGUUUGUCGAUUGUUUCAAUAACAUUGGCAUUCAAUACAGCUCAUUUGUGCCAAUUCGCAUCAAGACAAAGCCAUGUAUUGCCAUUUUAAAGAGACGAAAACUUCCGGCAAAUGCUAUCAGCAGUAAACAGAAGGCAAAAGACGAUAAUAAAUUGAAGAGAAAAAGUAAGAAGUCAGUAGGUAUUCCAACGGCGGAUGCACCUCUGAGUGGUGAACAUAUUUCAAAAUUAAUUGGGCUUGAAAUACCAGAUGACAUGUAUAACUUAGAAAAAACACUGAAUAAACCUCUAGAAGAUCACAUAGAAUUAGCAGAUGAUGCCGAAGCAAAGAAGUCAAUUGAGGAUGGUUACGUAGAAGACUGGACAUUAGAAGUACUGGAUGAAGAGGAGCUUGAAAAGCCGUUUGAAAGUCAACAACCUCAAAAGCAACAAACUUCUGUUGGUGUAGAUCCCACCGAAGCCACCGAAUCUUCAGAAACGUUAACACCAGAGCAGGAUACUGACGACGAAACAGUCGACAUGUCCGAUCAGCUGACCAAGGAAAUAAAUUUUCAAGAACUUCGCAAUCUUGCGCUGGGUAAAGUGAAUCGAAAAACUAAGGCAACAAAAUUGAAAAUUCGACAGCUAAUCGAACAGCAUUACCGCUCAAAGGGGCGCCAAAUUGAAAAUUCUGCAGAAAAAGUGGAGAAACGACCCAACAUUGGUGUCGCGCCUGGAACGCGCCAAUCGGUUAAAGCCAUUAUAAAACAAGAACGAAUUAAGGAAAUGAUUGAACAAAUCUCUACAAUGGACUUGACACGUAUUUGCGACCUAGAGCGAGUAUCAACCAAAGACUGUCUAAAACAGGUCAUCGAUAAACUGGAUGUUGAUGAUAAGACGAAAAGCAUAUCGUGAAAAUAUAUAAUAUGAAAAUUAAAUUAUAUUAUUUAAUAUCAACAUGUAAAUGUUCGCUUUUAUUUUUUUUGUUCAUUACAAUUAAGCAAACAUUUAUUAAAAAAAAUGCCGAUUUCAGUAAAUGAUAUACAUUGCAAAAAAA